UUCUUGUUUUGUUUUCAGAUUUCCCUGUUCAUUUACUAAUUCCUUGUAUCUAAUUAUCUUAUUUAUAUCCAGUAGGUUUGGGUAUUUCAUCUCUGCCCAGCCAGAAUCUAAGCCCAAACAAAGUUGAGCGACUUCAUCUGACAGAUGCCAAGAAUAUUUCUCACAGCAAUCCUACAAGGACACCCUGGCUCCUUCUUAGCUAUGAGGGACCUGGUUACCCAAAACAGAGCUGCUGGUUAACUACCUGCAAUAUAAUAAGGCAAAGUAAUUUUACUUCACCACUUUAUCGCCGCAAGCUAAGCCUAAUACAAGUAUUGCCAUAAGGUAGCGCUGGGUGUCAGUUUUGCUCCAUCAGCGCUCUAGGUGUCUCUUAUGUCUUUUCAUCUCUUUGAGCCACUCAGUAAAAUAUGAGGUUCCAUAAGAUCCACAUACACAGCAUGAUUCGAUCCAUGUCCUCAUCACCUGCUCCACCAAGUUGCGAUUCUUCAUGUGCUCUGAUGUUACUAAAUACAUUUGGCAAUAGUGAUCAGGUUUCUAACAGGCACAGGAACUGAUCUAACAAGUCUUUCAAGCAAAAAAGAAGAACAAGUCUCCUGUUUCUAUAUUGGUAACCUAGCACUUAAAAUUGUCAAUACAACACAUUUAUUCACUGCACAUGUAACUUUUCAAGCUACAAGAAAAUUUAUUAGAAACAAGUUAAGGUCUUCUGAAAUAAGUAGUUGGAGGGGUAUUAUCUCUCUUUCUCAGGACACUGACAAUAGGAUUCAAGUAAUUCAAGUAAGGCUGUGGCUGAGAUAACUGUUGCUGCUAUUCUGGCCUCAAGAAAUUUUGACGGACUGUCAGCAUUCAAGGUUCUCACACAUGAUGGACCUAGAAACAAAACCAUUUUGCCAAGAAUACCUAGCACAAAGAGGUACAAUAGUGAAGCCAUAUUACUGGCUAACAAUGAGCCAAAACUGUACUAAGUGUCCUUAUCACAUACAAACAGGGGAAGAAGCACGAGUUCCUUACACAGAAUUUCAAAACGCUUUUGGAUUUCCAUAUGGGCCAAUGGAUUACCAAAAUAAACACCUUCUCUUUUAUGAGUUGAGACAUGUAUCAGGUAAAUUAAUUCAAAAGGGCCAAGUGACAAACUGUGUAGAAUACAACAUCCAUCCAGAGUCAAUGCUAUUUGAAAUGGAUGGUUAUUUAUACUCAGUUGUGCACAAUUGGGGUAACGUUGCCUAUAUCAUUCUUUAUUCAAAUUAUUCUCCUUGUAAUGAGGCAGAGCAUGAGUGCAUAAGCAAAAUGUACAGUUUUUUAAUGAAGCAUCCAGACAUCACACUCUGCAUUUAUUUCUCACAGCUGUAUCACACAGAGGAGGAUUUCCCCGUGUCCACCUGGAAUUGUGAAGCCUUGCAGAGCCUGGCCAGCAUGUGGCCUCAGGUGACACUGAAUCCUCUCUGUGGUGGACUUUGGCAUUCCCUCCUCUAUAAUUUUGUGAGUCCUAGGCCCCAAGCAAAAUUCUACCACCCAAUUUUGCCUAUUAGAACUCUAGCUGAUAAAAAAAAUGCAACACAAAUUCGCAGCGUAACAGGAAUGAAAUUGCCUUUUGUUAACACCUUGUCUCUGCCAGUUUAUGGAACUUCAGCUGCUGCACCAAGUUUGCAAAACUACUACUUAUCGAACUCAAACUAUCCAGCAGAAGUGACAAGUAAAAGAAUGCCUCCAAUGGAGAUGCCACCAUUUCAUUUCAUGCCUCCCCUUAAUACUUUGCCCCCUUUAUACAAGAAACCUAGAAACAUUGUCAGACACUUAAACAUGCCAAAUGAGUCAUUAAGCAAAUUAAUGCCAAAGGAAAGAUCUCUUCACAGGGGAGAAAACAUUAUCGAACAACUAUUAAACAAAUCUGCAGAACUCGAAGGCUACAGAAAGAAAAAGGAUUACAUUCAUGUCAUAUAAAAUUGGAAUGCAGGACUGGGCAAUCCAUAGGAAGGAAUAGCUACAGCGGUGAGUUAAGAGUAUGGAGAAGAACAUGAACAUUCUCCCCCCCCAAAAUGUAAUUUAUACAUUGGGAAGAGACAUGGAGUAUCAACUGCCAGCAACUAAAGAGAAGAUUGAGAGGCAAUCUUUUGUUUUUUUCCACAGGAGCCACCAUUAGUAACAGCAGCAAAGCAAUGGGCAGCUAUAAAGAUUGUUUCUCAAACUGAUAAGAAUUUCAGUGACUGCUACCUAAAAUCAGAGUGCAGAUCCUCUCUCCUCCAUCCCCCGAAAUCUGAAAAAUCAACCUUGCCAUACCACAACGACGAAGUUAUGAAAAAAAUUAAUCAGAUGUCCCGAAUGUAAAAAGAUUUGUUGUGAUUCUAAAGAGACUGUUACUUUAUAACAGUCUUGUUUUCUUCUCAGUAAAGUUUGCCUAUGAGAAUUCUGUGGGAUUCUGCUUGGAAAAAAGUUUUACUUUUGGUUGGCAGCUGUCACCAGUUGGACAGUAAUCUUCUGUUUUCAACUUCAGUAGGCAAUUUCUUUCAGGUCAAAGAUAUCAUUUGAUGUUGCUUAUAUGUUGAUGAAUACAUAAAAAAAAUUGGGCAGAACUAGGACAAAAACAUGUCUAAGUGGUGAAGGCCACUCUCAAAAAAGGGGAAAAAAUAGUAUGGCUCAAAUGCUUUUUUAUUGUGUAUUGUAAAGUUGCCAUCUUUAUGAUGCUGCUAUAAUUAUGAAGUGGGUAAUAAAUCAACUAUUCUAAACUGAACAUCUUUAUAGGAAAAACACUCUGCAUGGCACGUUCAUAUAGCACCUCACAUAAUUAUUUUUCAAAAUGCAUUUUUGGAUGAUCAAGAAUGCUACAGUAAAUAGCUUUUUUCCUUCUGUUAAUCAUUGUUAACUAAUAAAAUGGCUUGCAAAAAUUCCUGUAAAACUAAAAUCCAUACAAUCUCUCUAGGUCAGAAAUAAAUAAAAUAAGGAAUGUUCUGCUUGAAACAAAUUUUGGCAGAAGAGAUGGCUGCUCUAUGAGCAGCAGAAAAGACCAUCAAGUUGUAUGAAACUGAUCCAUAAGCCAUGUAUUACCAACUCUGAUUUAAAGCAUAAUGAUAACUUAACCUCUUUUCUUUUAUCAUAUUUUGAUAAGUUAUUUUUUGCUUUGAUAGACUGUUCCAUUGUUGUGCUGUGAACUAAUCUUGAUCAUAACAAAAGACAACUGAGAAAUGGAUUAAAUCAGAGGUCCCCAACCCCCAAUUCAUGGACCGGCAUCAGGUCACAAAACUGGGCUGUGCAAACAAACGAAGCCCCAUCCAUGGGAUGCAGGCAGCACAUGAAACCACAUCCCCUCCGGUCCAUGGAAAAACCUCUCCCCACAGAUCUAGUUCCUGGUGCCUAAAAGGUUGGGGACCUCUGGAUUAAAUAAAUAAAAACUCAUUAAAGCCAGCAAUCAUGCUCAUCUUAAAUUAGUGUUUGUUAAUUCUUCUGACUCUUUCUAUAAAUGCACUGAACUUUAGAAAAUAGGCCAAUUCAUGUUUGGUUAAGUUCAAUCCAGUACAUAAAAACCUCUACUCUAACAAAUAGUUGGGGGGGGAGGAUUAUCUUUUUAAGAUGUUACAAUAUUUUUAAUUUGCUAAAUCAUUCAACUUAUCUUAAUUUAGGAAGGGAUGAACCAGUAAUUUAAAGAGGGAAUGUCUAAAUAUCUAAAUCAUACAUAAAUCAUACAAAACCAUACACCCCAAUUUAUUUAUUUGUUCAAUUAAAUUUAAUCCUUUUGUUAUCCCCUUAAAUCAUGAUAUAUUUUUGCUAUUCUUUUUUAAAUGGCAGAUUACAAGCAGAAAGAUUUGGUGAAAAAGGCAUACGUACAUUUUUAAUAGCAAUAACAAAAAGCAGUGGGGGGGUACAUUUCACCAGGACACUCUGCCACUGAACUAAGGCCUAUUAUUAUUGCUUAAGAGAUUCAACAAUACAGUAUUUCUUGAGAAUUUUCCCAUACUGAACAUUGGUGAAUUACCUCCUGCAGAGUUUGGAUGAUUUCAAUGUUUUUGUUCAAGACCACUGUGGGAAAACUGGCUUGUUCCCCAGCUUCCUAAGAUACAGGUCAUUGAAUGCUUAGGAAAGAUGUGGCCAAGAAAUUCAUCUGUGCCAAGGAAAACUUUUGUGGCGGGCAAAGAUCUGCUGCUUUCCUCGGACCUAGCCCAGGUUCUACUGAGGCAAGAGUCCCCAGUUCUCCAACCUGCAUUGCCACCAAGUUCACAGUUUCAAAUAUCACAUGCACCACCUCUAUUGAAAUGUCUUUGAUCUGUUUGAAAUGUUGAAAGGGCAUGGCUUCUAUUGCUGUGGCUCUUCACUGCAAUCUUUUUCCAUCUCAAAUCAUGGAGCAACCCAGGCUCAUUUAUGCUCUAGCCUCUACGUCCCCCUCUGGGCAUUCAAACAGAUUAGAUUACAACAGUACCACCACAAUUGGUACCAGAAUUUCCAUUGCUAAGCAGGGCAAUUAAGUGAGUUGCACCCAAUUUUAUUACUGUUUUUGCCAAGGCUGUUAAGCUAAUCACUGCAGUUGUUAAAUCAGUGGUUCUCAACCUGUGGGUCACGACUCCAUUUGAGGUCGAACAACCAUUUCACGGGGGCCGCCAA